AUGGCAUCGAAGGCACUAAUUGGCUUCAACGCGGCCGCGGCCGUCGGAGCCAUCUUGCUCUACCUCGGUGGCGUGCGGGUGGUAAUCGACAGCAACCAUGGCGCACCACAACAGCUCGUGGGCAUGGUUCAAAGUAUGGGUGUGGAAUCAGUGCCGUCAGCUGGUGACGCAGCUGUCAAGGGAAACAACUACACAUGCACGCACUCGGAGAUGAAGCCCAAAUUCUUAUCAUAUGAUCCAAUCAUGGUAUACAUAGAGAACUUCAUUUCGCCUUACGAGACGGAGCAUCUCAAACAGCUUGCUCUAGCAGAAUAUGAGCCUUCGGUCGUACAGAACUACGAUGAUGGAGCUGCAGACAAGAAGGUCUUCGUGGAUUCCAGCUCAAGGAAGAGCGAGACCGCGUGGCUCAGAGACGGCGAUCCAGUAGUAGACUGCGUCAAAUCCCGAGCAGCAGUAUUCCAGGGCUUCGCACCUAACGCCACGAUGGAGCAGCUCGCGGUGCUCAAGUACACCGCAGGUGGUUCGUUUGAGACGCAUUACGACUGGCACUAUGCAACUCCGCGAGCGGUCGACCGCAUCACCAGCUUCUUCGCGACUCUGGAGGCCUCAGAGGACAUUGAAGGGGGCUCAACUUGGUUCCCUAUGGUGCUCCAGCCGGCGUGGAAGGAUAAGGGGCCUUGGUGUAAGUGGCUGGACUGCUCUUACCAGAGAGGACUGGCAGUGCGCCCGAUCCCCGGGAAUGCGUUGUUCUGGGUCAACUUCAAGAAGGAUGGGACCGGGCAUCGCGAGACGGCACACGGAGGGCAGCCGGUAUUGAAAGGGUCCAAGAUUGGAUUGAACAUAUGGACUCGUGGAAAGUUUGAUGGGGUUUCAGACGACCUGGGCAAGUGCAAGCUUAUGCGCAGGGACAUCGAAGAACAGAGAAGUUUGCGAAACCCUUCGCUGGAACGGGGCGUCCGGAGGGCCACUGGUCGACAGAACUUCUGGAAGCAAGUUGGGGUGCGCGCCGAGGGCGCUCUCAUCGGCACCGACGAGGCCGAUAGCAACGAGAUGGCCCAAGAGACACAAAUCCUCCGCGAAAAGGCCGGAGACCUAGGCUCAGAAUCGAAGGGGACUGAGGGCCAAGCCCCAGCAGACAUCAAAUUUGACGACGAGAAAGACUGGAUCAUCACCACAGAAUCCAAUGGAGGCGAAGGGCCGAGCAGUCGCGAUGGUGAACCUCCAAGCGAAAAACCGGUCGUCUCGUCCGGUAUCGACGGGGAGCCAUCACAGGCCGUGCCACCACCAUAUUCCACCUUCAGUGCAUGGGAGAAGCGAAUGAUAGUCUUUGCUGCAUCGAUGGCGGCCUUCUUCUCGCCGCUGACCGGUCAAAUUUACUUCCCAGCGCUCAAUGUCAUCGCCCAGGACUUCAACGUGACGGCCACCCAGAUCAACCUCACGGUGACAACUUACAUGGUCUUUCAAGGCAUCACCCCCAUGUUCUUCGGCGGCUUCGCAGACACCGCAGGCCGCAGGCCCGCGUUCGUCAUCUCCUUCGUCAUCUACAUCCUUGCCAACGUGGGUGUCGCGGUGUGCACGAAGUAUUCGGAGUUACUGGUCCUGCGGUGCUUCCAGAGCGCUGGGAUCGCGGCCACUGUCGCGCUCAGCAAUGCUGUGAUUGCCGACAUCGUCACCAGCGCUGAGAGAGGGAACUAUGUCGGUCUCACCGUGCUGCCUAUCGUUUUAGCUCCGAGUCUGGGCCCAGUGGCGGGCGGCCUGCUCGCGCAGUAUCUUGGGUGGAGGUCAAUAUUCUGGUUCCUGACGAUCAUCGCCGGCAUCACGCUCAUACUGAUGCUGUUCUUCUUCCCGGAGACGUGCCGGAAACUGGUAGGCGAUGGCAGCAUUCGUCCGCACCCUAUAUACAGGACGUUGUGGCAGGUGAUAAACGACAAACGGCGAAAACGCGACGCAAAGAGGUCCGGCGAUGAAGAGGCACUCCGGGCCAUCCAACUCGCUACGUCGAAAGAGUCCCGGCCUAAGCUCAAAAUCAACUUCGGCAAUCCCUUCGAUUCUCUGACGAUGCUUUUCGAGCCGCUCCUCGGCGUGCUACUUGGCUACAGCGCCAUCGUCUUCGCCGGGUUCUAUGCCAUCGCGACAGUAAUGCCCUCCCAGUUCGCGCGCCUGUACGGUUUCGAUGACGUCAAAAUCGGCCUGAUGUACCUCCCGAUGGCUGGAGGGUCUGUCGCCUCGGCUUUCGUCGUUGGCCCGCUAAUCAACUGGAACUACCGUCGCCACGCCAAAAAGCUCGGCAUGGAAUUGACAAAGGGCCGCCAGGAUGACCUAACCAACUUCCCCGUAGAGCGCGCUCGCAUCGAGGUCGGUCUGCCGCUCUUAGCACUCGCAACUGUGGUCCUUUUUGCUUGGGGUUGGGCACUGCAGUACGGGGCUCCCAUCGCCGUGCCGUGCAUAUUGCUGUUCCUGAUGGGUGUCGGUAUGGUCGGUUAUACCAAUGCGUCAAGUGUUCUCAUCGUCGAUAUGUACCCAAUGAAGGCGGGAGCCGCCACUGCUGCCAAUAAUCUCACCCGAUGCUUGGUCGGCGCUGCGGCUACUGGCUCUGUCGCACCAAUGAUCGACGCUAUAGGCGUUGGCUGGACAUUUAUGAUUAUCGGCUUCUUGUAUAUGGCUGGGGCACCUCUCUUGCUACUUAUUAUGAAGAAUGGCAUUCACUGGAGAGGAAAAAUACGAGCGAAGGAGGAACGCAAACGAGUGAAGGCUGAGGAGAAGAAGAUGAAAAAGUCAAAUCAGAGUGCCGGGCAGAGCGCGGACAAAGUCCCCUGA